CCGAUGCUUCAGUAUUGUUUGAUCCAUCACUGUCGAGUCGAGGCGAGUCGCGCCGAGCCGAAUGAAAUACAUUAAAUGUGUGGUGGUGGGUGACUAUGAAGCAGGAAAGACCUGCCUGCUCAAUUCCUUCACAACUGACGAGCUUCCCUGUGGAGAUUUCCCCACGUCGUUUGCUACCUGUGUGAUGACAGUGAUGAUCAAUGACGAGAAGUUCUGUCUGCAACUGUGUGACACUUCAGGUCAGGAGGACUACGAUAACAUACGACUUAACACGUACACCGGCACCGACGUCUUCCUUGUCUGUUUCUCUGUCGUAUCACCCUCAACCUUUGAGAACGUCACAGACAAGUGGGUGCCAGAGAUUUUACGCUGCUGUCCAAAGACGCCAUUCCUGCUGGUUGGGACUCAGGUGGAUCUGAGAAAUGACAAGAACACCCUGGAGCAGCUGAUCAAGAAGAAAAAACAAGCCCUGACCUUUGAGAGUGGAGAGGAACUGGCUCAUCAGCUGAAGGCCGUUAAAUACAUGGAGUGUUCGGCUCGGACUCAGGAAGGAGUGAAGAAGGUGUUUGAAGAGGCCAUCCUGGCAACUCUAAAUCCUACAGAUAAAAAAUCCACUUACUUCUGUGUUCUGCUAUAAAUGGAAAAGUAGAAGGAGAAGUAGAAGAGGAAAAGAGGGUUUAGGAGGAAGAAAAGGAGGUGGACCCGGAAUCAUUAAGUUAGGAAGAGAAUUAACAGUUUUACAGCAGUAAUCUUUUGCCUGCUAUGGACCGUUUUCCCUCCUCCAUUUGGGAUGGAGGCUGCACAGCAUCCUGGUGAGGCCGAAGAAUUGCUGCUUUUCUGGAUACUGUGACAAUGUUGAACUGUGCUAAACUUCCACAUCUCUAAA